AUGAUCGCAUUACCUCGUACAGUUCAAAAGGCAAUCUUAUUAUUAUCUUGUACAUUUCUUGGAUUAACAUGUGGUACGUUAUACAUGUAUUCAUCAUAUAGUCCCCAGUUUGCCAGACAAGUAAACUACACUGCAUCAGAUUCAUCAUAUAUUGCAUUAUCAGGAACAAUUGGAAUUGCUAUUGGUGGCCCCAUUGCUGGAAUCCUAGUUGACAAACGAGGUUAUACGGCCGCACUUGCUCUAGGAGGAACCUUGAUCAUUCUGGGGUAUAUGAUUAUGAGACGUCAAUUUGAUUACACCUAUCAUAAUUUACCAUUAAGUUGUUCGUUAACUCUAAUGAUCGGGAUAGGAUCAACCGCUAUUAAUUCUGUCACUCUUAAGUGUUGUGCUGUAAGUUUCCCCAGUAUUAGAGGGGUGGCCACGUCGUUACCAUUAUCCCUUUAUGGUCUAAGUGCAUUAUUUUAUUCUGUGGCUGCUUCAAUCUUCUAUCCUGGUGAUACUUCAAGCUUUUUGGGAUUUGUUGCGGGUUCUAUAUUUUGCAUUUUACUUGUUUGUUCUCCAAGUAUUAUUCUUGCUGAUCGAGAGCACAAAUUGAAGCGAUCAGCUGCAAAGUAUCACAAGUCCAGCCAUCCCGAUAUCAAGUCGGAUGCACUCCCAUUAUCACCCCUGGUUACUACUGAUUACCAGUUUGGAGAAGCAGCAUUAUCGAACGAAAGCUUGUUGAAGAAUCCUAAAUUUUGGUUACUUUUCAUCAUUCUUGGAUCCUUAGCAUCACUUGGACAAAUGUACAUUUACUCAGUCGGCUACAUAGUCAAGGCAUUGGUAAGUUAUUCCCUUCGAAAUGAAGUGGAUAUCACUCCGAUCCUUUUACAAGAAACAGAGACUAUAAUUCAACACGAUCAGCAAUUCCAAGUUGGACUUUUAUCAAUUGCAAACUGUCUUGGAAGAAUCAUUUCUGGAAUAAUGGGUGAUAUCAUUACACAAUCUUUUAAUAAAUCACGAACUUGGCUCUUGUUUUUCCCAUCGAUUGGAAUGAUGAUAACUCAACUAUUAAGUUUAACUACCAGGACUUAUGACAAUUUACCACUAAAUUCAUUAUUAACUGGAUUAUUUUAUGGAUUUACAUUUUGUAUUAUGCCAUUAAUCGUCGGUGAUACUUUUGGUUUGGACAAUUUUUCAUAUAAUUGGGGAGUAGUUAAUAUGGCUCCAAUUUUACCAAGUUAUUAUUUCACUAUGUUAUUUGGAUCAAUUUAUGAUUCAAAAUCACAAUUUAGUGAACAACAUGGUGGUUUGGUUUGUUUAUUAGGUAACCAAUGUUAUAAUUCGAUUUUUAAAAUCACAUUAUUGGUAAGCAUAUUUGCAGUUAUUAUAGUACUGAUAUUAACUAUUGGACCUAAAUUAUCAUUGAAAACCAAAAAGACUUUACCAUUGACUUCUUCACCUUUGAAACAAGAAGUAAACGAAAAAGUGUCAUAA